AAUGAAAAUCGACUUAAACUGUUACUAAAUAAUGUUUAAAAAAACUCAAUAUCUGUCAAACUGACGGGUUCCGUAAGUCUAGUGUCAACAACGUAAGCAACUUUGAGAAUACAGUCACCAAAACGAAAAAAUGCAAAGCAAAAAAGAAUAUACAAAGAUUAAUUGUUUCGCAAUGACAACGCUAUAUUACCUCAUUCGUAUUUUAAGAAAAAUGCACGUUAGUUUUUUCAACGAAUAUAUAGAUUGUUUCACGGAAAUUCAUCGGAAAACAACGGUGAUGAUUUUCAGUUGUGUCAGAUUCAAUAUGUGUUAUCACGAUGGCAUUAUCUAAUUGGAAGAAGAACACGCGAAUUAUAAUCUCUGUUGACGGCCACGUUGAUAGGUUGCUUUGUAAAUACAUGUUUUUUUCUGCUUUUCAAACCGGUUUUUUCAAAAUUAUCUGACAUGAAGCAUAACGACGACAUUUGGAAAUCUCUUUUUCCAUUAUUCAUAAAUUUAGUGAUGUCGUGUGUUGCGUAUUUUUUAACCGUACGUUUAAUACCGCGAAUAAAAGAUAUGUUUAUUAAAGCUAACCUAUACGGAAUCGACAUGAAUAAAAGUAGCGGUGAGAAAGUGCCGGAGGCAUUGGGUGUUGUUAGUGGUUGUAUCUUUCUUGUAACGCUCUUUCUAUUUAUUCCUGUACCAUUUACAGAUUAUAUGUUCAGUGAUAUUAAUUUUCCUCAUAACGAGUUCAUGGAAUUUUUGGCUGCCCUACUUUCAAUUUGUUGUAUGUUGCUUCUGGGCUUUGCCGAUGAUGUUUUGGAUCUUCGUUGGCGUCACAAAUUAUUGCUGCCAACCAUUGCUUCACUGCCACUUUUAAUGGUUUAUUACAUUAAUUUUAACUCUACAAUAAUCAUUGUGCCCAAACCUUUAAGACCAUGGUUCGGUUUCUCAAUGGAUCUAUGGGUAUUUUAUUAUUUGUACAUGGGAAUGCUAGCAGUGUUCUGUACAAAUGCUAUAAAUAUAUUAGCUGGAAUAAAUGGUUUAGAAGUUGGGCAAAGCUUGGUGAUUUCGACAAGCAUACUCAUUUUUAAUAUCAUAGAGUUAUCGGGAGAUCUUUGGAAAACACACCUGUUUUCAUUAUAUUUUAUGGUUCCAUACACAGCCACAUCCUUGGGUUUGCUAAAGUUUAAUUGGUGUCCAGCAAAAGUAUUUGUGGGUGAUACAUUUUGUUACUUGUCAGGAAUGACAUUUGCCGUUGUUGGCAUUAUUGGCCACUUUAGCAAAACUACUUUAUUGUUUUUCAUUCCACAAGUUAUCAAUUUCCUUUAUAGCGUACCACAAUUAUUUCACUUCAUACCAUGCCCCAGGCAUAGAUUACCAAAGCAUGACAAAGAGAUAGAUAAACUGAAUGUUAGCAAUACCGUAUUUAAUAAAAAUGAUAUUGGUAUUAUUGGGAAACUUGUAAUGUGGAUAUUUAAGAAAUUACAUUUAGUGAAAUGGCAAGAAGACAAGAAUGGUGUUGUCACUUGUAACAAUUUAACUAUAAUUAAUUUUGUAUUAACUAAAGCAGGCCCGCUUAAGGAAUCUACACUUACAGUCAUCCUGUUGUUGAUUCAGGUUUUUAGCAGUUUAUUAGCAUUUGUUAUAAGAUAUCCUCUCGCUUCGAUUUUCUACGACGUUUGAAAAGGCACAUAUUAACCCAUUAACAUCAUAAGGAGGCAUGAAAACAAAUGGGUUAAAAAAUAAAGUAUAUACAGUGUCCUACAAAAUUACAAUAUUGUUUCAUAGCAAAGCGAUACACUGUUUUGUGAGAUAUCUUUUGUACAAGAAUUUUUAGAUGUACAUAUACUUUCAAGAUCAUACAUACAUAUGUAUAUAUACAUAUACACGAAAAGUAUAUAUAAAAGAAAUACAUAUAUAUAUAUACACAUAUAUGUAUAUACAUAAAUUUUACAUGGUUCUGUUAAAAAUGUUUUAUAUGCAUUAUAUACAAAGUAAUAUAAAAUACAAUGUCAGACUCACAAUUACAAUGAUCAAUAAAUUAUUAUAUAUUAUAAGUAAAUUGCAGCAGUUGUUUCAAGGAUUCCUUUAUCGUCGGCAAUACGCGUGUGUGUACAUAUGUAUGUAUGUAUAUAUGCAUACUUUCCUAAAUAUUACAAAAAAAUUGUGAGCAUCCUUGUAUCAUUUAAAUGUAUUUAACGUAAUAGUUCACAAUACAGAUAAAUAAUAAAUAUUGUACAUAGGAAUUUCACAAUCGCGAGGUUUACGGACAACAAGAAACUGACAUAGUACUUUUCCAAAAGCCUUACGUUCACGGACGUGAACUUCAGAAAAUGCAUUCGACGGAAUUUAUAAAAGGAACUGUUACAACGAAACAGCGGAUGAACAACAGUGAUCAGUCAGCAACGCAUGCAAUAAAUUUUUCUUCCAAAAAGGGGGCGAACGUUAUAGAUCAGUUAAAUAGUAGAUAAUACACAUGUUUCUGCAAUUGUGAGAAGAAUUUCUAUACUAUCAUGAAAUCUGCUUUAAAUCGUUCAUAAAAUUACACCUGUGAAUCAUACCGUACAUACGAGAUUUUAUUCUUUAGUUUUGGUAACCAUGUGUAUUUCGCUUAUUCGACGUUCCGAGUGCGGUCAGUGUAGAAUUGUAUGAAAAAUUAUGAAACGGCCGGUAUAUUCAUCAGUGGUAUGUCCGGGCCUAAUUUAUCUUUCAAUGCGAGCUGAGUUUUCACGGCAUUUCUUAGACCGAAAAUAUGCACUAGCUCCGGUGUCGUGCGAGUCAGCGCCAAAGCUUCAUCGAAUAAUUCUAUUGCUCUUUCUAGAUUUCCCCUGUUGAAAAACAAACAUUAACAAUCUGACAAUACAACUGGUUUAUUUUAGAAUAAAUCAACCUACCUUUGAACUUCAAUUGUUGCUAGGGUUUCAUACCCAAAUUCACAUUUAUUAUCUAAUUUCAAUGCAUGGUUGAUAUAUUCCACAGCUUUAUCAACAUCUCCGACCCAUUUCAAUUGUAAUAAACCUCUAUGUACAUAUGCUGUAGCAGCAUUAUCUGGAUAUUUCUCGAUCGCUUUGGAAAGAUAACUGUCUGCUUUUUGAAACUCUUGCGUUUCUGAUAGUAUCUUCAUUCAUAAAUAAUGUAUUAAAGCUAUGGCUAAUGUAAUAUUGAUUAUUCUAUGACUAGAUGAAAUAUAUUAAUACCUGAGCAUACAAGAUGUAACAGUCAGGGAAACUUGGGAAUUUUUCAAAAGCCUUCUCAAAACCUAUUAUAGCCUCUGUUGAUAUAUCCCUGUCCCUGGUAAUUAUACCGUAGUGAUAGUCUGCGUAACAUUUGUGCACGUAUGCCACUUCAAAUUCAGGAUUGAGAUCAACAGCUUUCUUAAAGUCUUCUCUAGCUUUUUCUAUUUUUUCAAUCAGCAAGUUUGCCUGCAGUUACAAAAUAAUGAUAUAAAAUCUCAUAACAAAAAUAUUGAAUAUUUUCUUGUAUGUAUUGUAGAAAAUAGAUUUAUCGUAAGUUAAAUGUUAUCUGUACCAGUCCUUUAUGAGAAUAAAUAUCACCGCAUUCAGGAUCAAGUUCUACAGCCAUAUUAAAGUCAUGGAAACUCUUUUCCGGGUUCUCUAAAUGCAUGUACGAAGAAGCUCGUUUUACAAAGGCAUUCACUUUUAUACUCUUUGAAACAACAUCACUGUUUAUAAUAGUAUCAAAAUCUUUUAUAGCAGUUUCAUAUUGUCCUAGCAAAAGGUAAAAUGUUGCUCUUAAUAGAAACAUUUCCAUUCCAUGUGGCACUGCAUCUGGUUCUGAAUCGCCAAGUUCUUCAGUGCACAGUUGUAUUAUAUUAUCAUAUUUUUCCUCCUUCAUGGAUUUUAAAAUCUUUGCGAAACCUCUAAAUAUUACGCAGUGAUUACAGAUGAUAUUAAGAAACAAUAAUAAUAAUAAUAAUAGUAAUAAUUUAAUAAUUAAAAUACAUACUGCGAUAGAUUACUAUUGUCAGCAUUUUUGAGCAAUGCGAAAACAGGAUCUUUAUAAAAACUAUUAAUAUAAUUUUUAAUGAGAUGUUUACUAGGCAUAAUAUAUUUUUUGUUUGCCAAAUGUUCCAUUGCAUGUUGUUUACCUAAAAAGAGGAUUGUCAUUUAUAUACAUACAAAUAGGUUUAUUUUAACAAAUGGUAAGAAUUUGAUAAUAAAAUAUACCUAAUUGCUUCAAAACCCUGUCUGCCAUUUCCAAUGUUCUCUGAUUAGAAAAGCUUUCUAAAAUACAAGCAGCUGUAACAUCUUCCAAGGCUGAUUCAAAAUCAUUGCAGCAUUCUAAUGCUCGUGCUCUACGUAAUAAGGCUUUUGUAUACCUUGGUUUUAAUUCUAAGGCCUUUGUACAAUCUACUUUUACAGCACUGU